AUGGUAGUGGACAAACACAUGGAUGAAAAAGUCAACUCGAUAGGACAGGAGGAUAAUUGCCCCAAUAACCAAACAAAUGAACAAUACUGCAGUGCUGGUCGCAAUGACAAAAACAAGGGUUGUGGAAAUGACCGGGCUAACACUCCUCACAAUAAGGGGGAGGAUGCCAAAAGAAAGUUGAAGGCACGGACCGACAUUACCACUGUCUUUAAAAUUCUAAUUUAUUGCAUCCUUAAUGAAAUUCGAGGCGUGCCGUAUGUCUGGUGGCCAACAAAAUUGGGAGAUGCUCAGAGGGGUUUUAACUCGAGAUAUUACUGCACUUAUCAUGAAGAAAGGGGGCACCACAUAGAGGACUGCGUGCUGUUUAAACAACAUUUAGAAGAAUUGGUUGCAGCGGGGCACUUAGACCAGUACAUAGAUGGUGGCAUGAGGGCAACUCCUCAAGGGCGAGCCGAGCCAAAUGGGCUAGCCAUCCUAGAUGCCGCAUCCCAGGGAGUUAUCAAUGUCAUGCAAGGAAUCAUUGAGCCAACGCGAGUAUGUGAGCUCAAAAGAAUGAUUAAAAAGGCCAAAUACAUGAGAGAAGUGUUAUCGGUUCAACCUGCCGUAAAGAAGGGGAAGACCGAGGUGCAAGACAUCAUGGCUUUUUCAAGCAAAGACUUAGAGAGAAUUCAAGCCCCUCACAAUGACGCCUUAGUUAUAACUGUUCGUGUCAAGGGUUUUGACAUCAAAAGAAUUUUGAUCGACUAG